AUGCACCAGCCGGGAAUCGAACCCGGGUCUGUACCGUGGCAGGGCUUUUUGGGUUCCAAAAUGGAGGCUACGUUGCCUGUUUGCAAAUCUGUUACCUCUACUCCUGCUGUGAUUUCUAGUGAAAUAUCCUUAUCAAUGUUUAUGUUCAAAGUCCGUGGUUGGAGAACGUGUGGAAUUAGGAGUUCUCAAUGCAGCUUUAUGGUAGGAAGUAAGGUUAACUUUCCUAGACAAAGAGCUCAGGCUGCCCAAGUUAGUCGUUCUGCUAAGAAGAAUGGAGGAGCUCUUGGGGUUACAUGUCGUGCAGAAAAAAUUCUGGUAGCAAACAGAGGAGAGAUUGCAGUUCGUGUUAUUCGAACUGCACACGAGAUGGGGAUUCCAUGUGUUGCUGUUUACUCAACCAUAGAUAAGGAUGCACUUCAUGUGAAAUUGGCUGAUGAAUCAGUUUGCAUUGGUGAAGCACCCAGCAAUCAGUCGUACUUAGUGAUCCCAAAUGUUUUAUCUGCUGCUAUCAGUCGUAGAUGUACAAUGCUGCAUCCUGGAUAUGGCUUCCUUGCUGAAAAUGCUGUAUUUGUGGAAAUGUGCAGAGAACAUGGAAUAAACUUUAUUGGGCCUAAUCCCGACAGUAUAAGGGUCAUGGGUGACAAGUCAACUGCUAGAGAAACAAUGAAGAAGGCAGGGGUUCCAACUGUACCAGGAAGUGAUGGCUUGUUACAGAGUACUGAGGAAGCAGAAAGGCUAGCCAAAGAGAUUGGUUAUCCUGUGAUGAUCAAGGCAACGGCAGGUGGUGGUGGACGUGGAAUGCGGCUCGCCAAAGAACCUGAUGAGUUUGUAAAGUUGCUACAGCAAGCUAAAAGUGAGGCUGCUGCUGCAUUUGGAAAUGAUGGAGUUUAUUUGGAGAAGUAUGUUCAAAAUCCAAGACAUAUUGAGUUCCAGGUUCUUGCAGACAAAUUCGGUAAUGUUGUUCAUUUUGGUGAGCGAGACUGCAGUAUUCAGAGACGUAACCAAAAGCUGUUGGAAGAAGCACCAUCUCCUGCUUUGACUCCUGAGUUACGGAAGGCCAUGGGUGAUGCAGCAGUUGCAGCUGCAGCAUCCAUAGGGUACAUUGGUGUUGGAACAGUCGAGUUCCUUUUGGAUGAAAGGGGUUCCUUCUACUUCAUGGAAAUGAACACUCGAAUCCAGGUGGAGCAUCCGGUGACUGAAAUGAUUUCUUCUGUUGAUUUGAUUGAGGAACAAAUUCGUGUAGCCAUGGGAGAGAAACUUCGAUACAAACAGGAAGAAAUUAUUCUUAGAGGACAUUCAAUUGAAUGCCGUAUCAAUGCAGAAGAUGCUUUUAAGGGAUUCCGACCAGGGCCAGGAAGAAUAACAGCAUAUUUGCCAUCUGGAGGCCCGUUUGUUAGAAUGGACAGCCAUGUUUAUCCUGAUUACGUGGUUCCUCCAAGCUAUGAUUCCCUACUUGGAAAGCUUAUUGUCUGGGCUCCAACAAGAGAAAAGGCAAUUGAUAGAAUGAAAAGGGCUCUUGAUGACACUAUUAUUACCGGAGUUCCAACAACGAUAGAUUACCACAAACUUAUUCUCGAAAUUGAGGACUUCAAAAAUGGAAAGGUUGAUACUGCUUUCAUUCCAAAGCAUGAACAGGAGUUAGCAGCGCCACAACAAAUUAUACCAGCCAAACAGUUGACCAAUUCAGCUGCAUAA